GCACACAGCCCUGUGGGGGGUAAGGUGUUGUAGGGCCUCUUGAGGUCCAGCUGCAGCAGGUUACCCAGCAGGGGAAGUGGUCUGGGUCCCGGGGGCUCCUUCCUGUCUUCCUUUGAGCUGUGGUUGGAGGAGGAGGAGAUGAGGUAGAUGAGCAGCAGGACCACCAGAGCCCCCAACAGGGAGACAGAACUGGAGGACUGGAGAAAAAGGUCUAACACCCCCAUGACUAUAAAACAAACUGUGUUUGGAAGCUGCCAACACAGCUGACUGAUUCUGUUUCCUCGUGGAGCGUUCGGCUCAGUUUCACCAGUGAGAGGUCAUUUUUGUCCAUGUCAGCUGAAGGGGAUGGGCCAUAUGUGAAAAAUGUCAAUGUUAGUAAAUAUUUACUUUCCUGGCAUUUGUCCAACAAGGCUUUUUGUCGUUUAACUAUAUGUUCAUGCUUUUAAGUGAAUGAGAAGGAGACAGGGCUUAAAGGUUAACAAGCGCGGAGAAGAGGAAUGGAGGAUUCGCAAACUGACAAACGACCUCACAAACCCCCAUCCCAGUCCACCUCUCAAAGGUGGAAGUGGAAUCAGAAUUAACAAAUCAGCAGCUCAGAAGGUGUAGCCUGAAGAAAACAUGUCUGUCUGAAGUGCACAGCUGUGGUCCCACUUACCUGUCCAGGUAAAACUCACCUCUUCACUUCCGUGAAUCCCUGGACAGACUUAUUAUCUCUUGCUUAUCAUAUCAGUGUUACAAUAUGACAUUUAAGAUAACAGAAGUGCAAACUCAUCACUGAAGUCAUGAUACAAACCAAGCUUUGUUCUGAAAGGUGCUGACAAGUGUUUUACUCCCCAUUCUGGGCAAAAUAAUCCACACAUUAGCCCUACCCCAGAGCUGGGCUGUUUUGUUUACUUACAGUUACAUAAGGCAGCUCCCCGAGACAAAUCACUCACGGUGCCAAAGGCGGCUGGCGUGACACUUGAUACUCGCAAGGAAACAUUUUCUUCUGAAGUCAUGGGGGUGUUAGACCUUUUUCUGCAGUCCUCCAGUUCCGUCUCCCUGUUGGGGGCUCUGGUGGUCCUGCUGCUCGUCUACAUCAUCUCCUCCUCCAGCUUUAGCUCCCAGGAUGACAGGAAGGAGCCUCCGGGACCAAAACCACUUCCACUACUUGGUAAUCUGCUGCAGCUGGACCUCAAGAAGCCCUACAGCACAUUAAUGGAGCUUUCCAAGAAAUAUGGAUCAGUGUUCACCGUUUAUUUAGGACCCAAAAAAGUGGUGGUUCUGGCUGGAUACAAGACGGUGAAGGAGGCACUUGUUAACAAUGCAGAAGAGUUUGGUGAAAGAGAUCCGCUGAUAUUAGCACAAGAAAAUAACCAAGGACAUGGUGUUAUAUGGUCCAAUGGGGAUUUAUGGAAGGAGAUGAGGCGCUUUGCCUUGACAAACCUGAGAGAUUUUGGGAUGGGCAAGAAGGCAUGCGAGGACAAAAUCAUUGAGGAAUGUGGCUACCUCCUUGAAGUGUUUCAGAAAUUUAAAGGAGAAGCUUUUGAUACAACCCAACCAAUGAACUAUGCAGUCUCUAAUAUUAUCUGCUCCAUCGUCUAUGGCAGCAGAUUUGAAUAUGAUGACCCGGAGUUUACAUCCUUGGUAGAUCGAACAAACAGAAAUAUUCAACUUGUUGGCUCUCCGUCACUGCAGUUGUACAACAUGUUCCCAUGGAUCGGCAAAUUGAUGAAUGCCAAUAAGGAAUUGCAAAAGCUGAUUUCUGCCAACAAAGAACAGAACUUAAGGCUGUUCAGCCGUCUGAAGGAGACCCUCAAUCCACAGUUGUGCAGAGGCUUUGUGGAUGCCUUUCUGGUCCAAAAGCAAAAUCUGGAGGAAUCUGGGACCAAUAUAUACUUCCACAACAACAAUCUCAUGUCGACAGUCCUGAACCUUUUUGCUGCCGGCACUGAUACAACAGCAACUACAUUAAGAUGGGGGCUUCUGCUUAUGGCAAAGUACCCAAAAAUACAAAACCAGGUCCAGGAGGAGGUGAGCAGGGUGAUAGGAAGUCGCCAGGUGCAGCUUGAGGACAGGAAGAACAUGCCCUUCACAGACGCCGUCAUCCAUGAGACUCAGAGACUGGCCAACAUCGUCCCCAUGGCAAUUCCUCACAGAACGAGCCGAGACGUCACCUUCCAGGGUCACUUCAUCAAGAAGGGGACCACAGUGUAUCCUCUCCUGACGUCCGUCCUGUAUGAUGACACUGAGUGGGAGAAGCCACGCAGCUUUCAUCCCGCUCACUUCCUGGACAAAGACGGGAAGUUCGUCAAGCGAGACGCCUUCAUGCCGUUUUCUGCAGGUCGCAGGAUUUGUCUUGGAGAGAGUCUGGCCAAGAUGGAGCUCUUCAUCUUCUUCACCACCCUCAUGCAGCACUUUCGCUUCACUCCUCCACCUGGAGUUUCAGAGGACGACCUGGAUCUGACUCCACGUGUGGGCUUCACCCUCAACCCUUCACCUCACAAACUGUGUGCUGUUUCCUGUAUGUGAACAGCAGGUGCUGAAAAUGUUUGGCUCACUGUCAGCACAUCAACUAAAUUACAUUCAAAAGUGCAGGUUUUGAUUUGAAAUUAUAUUCCAUGUAGUGCAACACCACUGAUUAUGUUCAAUAUCAACAACGUAAUAAAGUAAAUGCCAGAUUGUU